UUCGACGUCUGCUGUUUUCAAAUCAUGGUUCACAUGGGCGAACCUUGCUUAAAGUUACGAUGAAACUGUUGAGUUGGAACAUUAAUGGCCUUCGUUCCUUCAAAACAAGCGUUAAAGACAUCUUGGAGAGUCUAGAUGCGGAUGUGAUAUGUUUUCAAGAGACGAAAAUAAACAGAGGCGCACUGGAUGAAACGUCCGCAAUAGUGGAUGGUUAUAGUACCUAUUUCUCAUUUCCCCGCCAUCAGACGGGCUACUCUGGUGUUGCCACUUUCUGCAAGGACUCUUGCCGGCCUUUUCAAGCAGACGACAGUUUAGCGGGCUCCCUGGACAAGACAUCGUCGCUCGAUGUUUUGGGUUGUCACGGAGAUUAUUCGCAGUAUGAGCGAAAGCACCUUCUUGCACUUGACAGUGAAGGAAGGGCAGUAUUAACUCUGCACCAUGUAGAAACCACAGAGGGCCUUCAAAUGAUCGCGGUGAUCAACGUCUACUGUCCACGGGCAGAUCCAGAGAAGCCGGAGAGAGGAAACUUUAAGCUGGAUUUCUACAAGUUGUUGGAGCUGCGUGCUAGAGCCCUGCUGAGGGAUGGCUACCACGUUGUCGUCUUGGGUGAUCUCAACACGUCGCACAGAAAGAUCGACCACUGUGAUCCGGCGUGUGACGAGGAAUUUAAUGCAAACCCAGGUCGCCAAUGGUUGAACGACUUCCUAGCGCCAUCUAAAGAGCGCACUGGAGAAGAUGAGACAACGGGCGCAGGAUUCUGCGACACCUUCAGGCACGUAAAUCCCACGAGGGAGAACGCAUUUACGUGCUGGAACACGCGAUUGUCUGCGAGACAGACCAAUUAUGGCACACGCAUAGACUACGUGCUCAUCAGCGAAGGUCUCGUCGGUUACCUCGAGAGCGCAGACAUCAUGCCCGAAGUCCAAGGCUCGGACCACUGCCCCGUUACGGCGACACUACGCUGCGUCCCAUUAGGAUGUUCACAGUGUCCCUCACUAGCAACAGCAUUCUGGCCAGAGUUUGCAGGGAAGCAGCAGGGGCUGAUGAGGUUUCUCAGCAAGCAAAGUGGCAAAGCCUCUUCUAAUGGUCUCGUGGCACCUUCGCCAAAACGACCGAAACAUUCUGCGAUUCCAAAGGGGCAAACUGCCAUAAGACCCAGCCAGAAGAAGCUCAAGGACUUUUUCAUCUCUCCCAAGCCAAUUUCAUCAUCUACAGAUGUGACACCAAACUUGAAAUGCAUAGACAAUAUCGAUACCCAACACCGGGACAGUGUGACCUGCUCCGACGCAAAUGGGACGUUCCAAGACUGUACCAAAAGCAUAGGGCAGUCAGAAGCCUCGCUUGUGUGGAAGGGACUCUUGAAGGGUCCCUCCGCACCUCCGUGCUGCAUAGGACACAAUGAACCCUGUGUGCUUCGUGUGGUCAAAAAGAACGGACCUAACAAGGGACGGACGUUCUUUGUGUGUGCAAAGCCAGAGGGGCGUGCGAACGACCCCGCGGCCAAGUGCGACUUUUUCCAAUGGGCAAAUAGCGUCAGAAAGGCUUCGUCGCAGAGCUGAUCGUCUUUGGCGUUGUUUUGUCGCGGUAGGGUUUGGAAAAAUCCUCCGAUCAUUUUUAUGUGCAUGUGAUUUGCAAUGUGUUUUUUAAGUAGUUGCGUUCACUUAAGUAAAGGGGAGAUGAGGAUACCGAGAAUAACUGUGUCAGUUAUGCUUGUGAAGAAGGAAAAAUAAUUGAAUUACAAGGUUGGCCUUGAGCUGCUAGGUACUGGUCCCGACAAAAGUUUACGGAAGAGCGGUACGUUUCCUCGUCGGUGCGACACCCUACCGUCGAGUGGAAAUGGAAAAGCUUGUAUAUUUCAAUACUGAAACCACACAACAUCUAAUCACUUUUAUAUAAUAGGUACUGCAUGUGACAUACUUGUCUGAAAUCGACAACUUGUGGCUUAUCCUGUCUGAAAUCUUGGAGGUGUUGCAAGAUUUCAUCUUCCAACCAAUACACUCGUACAGCAUACUGCCCACCCCUCAGACUAUAAUGAUACAGCUUCUUCAGGGGCGGACAAGCCAUUACGUACCGUACUACGUAAUUUCAGACAAGCGUGUCACAAGCAGUACAGAACUCCGAUGGUAUACCAUCCCAGCAGAUCUAUGCGCCUGCCUCCUUAAGCGAAAAGCAGUGGAAUACACAGCAAAGUGGAAUGAAACAACCAAUGUAAAUUUUUGUGCUUUAUUUUCAUUCAUAUCACUCUCUCUGCACAAUGAAACGUCCCAUUAUAUGUAUGCUUAUGUGUAAUCUUUUUAAGCAUCAACAGUGUAACACAAUAUUCCUUUCC